CGGUGGCGCGCACGCCUGCGGGAGCCCUCUCCAGGCAAUCCAGUGCUGAUCGCCGGUGCCGGUGCGGCCGUUCCCCCUCCGUAGCGGGAGGCGAGGCUCCGAAGCAGCCCCCUCCUCCUUCUGGGCUCAUCCUCCACCCCCUUCCCGGUGGACCUCAGGGCAUGAGCAACGAUGGCGGGCUGCAUCCCUGAGGAGAAAACUUACCGGCGCUUCCUGGAGCUGUUCCUGGGCGAGUUCCGAGGACCGUGCGGCGGCGGAGAGCCAGAGCCCGAACCCGAAUCCGAGCCUGAGCCCGAAGCGGAGCUGGUCGCGGCUGAGGCGGCCGAGGCUUCGGGGGAAGAACCGGGGGAGGACGCUGCGACAGUAGCGGCGGCCGAGGAGGGGGAGCAGGACCAAGACCCCGAGCCCGAAGAGGAGGCGGUGGAGGAGGAGGAGGCGGCGGCCGAGGGCGAGGAGGAGGAGGAAGCGGCGGCCCCGGGGCACUCGGCCGUGCCGCCGCCGCCGCAGCCCCAGCUGCCGCCGCUGCCCCCGCUCCCGCGGCCGCUGUCGGAGCGCAUCACCCGGGAGGAGGUGGAGGGCGAGAGCCUGGACCUGUGCCUGCAGCAGCUCUACAAAUAUAACUGCCCUUCCUUUCUGGCUGCUGCUUUAGCCAGAGCCACAUCAGACGAAGUCCUCCAGAGUGACCUUUCUGCUCACUGCAUCCCAAAGGAGACGGACGGCACAGAGGGGACUGUGGAAAUCGAGACAGUGAAACUGGCCCGUUCUGUCUUCAGCAAACUACACGAGAUUUGCUGCAGCUGGGUUAAGGACUUCCCUCUGCGCAGGAGGCCUCAGAUUUAUUAUGAAACAUCAAUUCAUGCCAUCAAAAACAUGCGAAGGAAAAUGGAGGACAAGCAUGUCUGCAUCCCUGACUUUAAUAUGCUCUUCAACCUGGAGGACCAGGAGGAACAAGCUUACUUUGCAGUGUUUGAUGGCCACGGGGGAGUGGACGCUGCCAUUUAUGCCUCUGUUCACCUACAUGUUAACUUAGUGCGCCAGGAGAUGUUCCCCCAUGAUCCUGCUGAGGCUCUCUGCCGGGCCUUCCGUGUCACGGAUGAGCGGUUUGUGCAGAAGGCAGCCAGGGAGAGCUUACGAUGUGGGACCACAGGAGUAGUGACUUUUAUCAGAGGCAACAUGCUCCACGUGGCAUGGGUGGGCGAUUCCCAGGUUAUGCUUGUAAGAAAGGGUCAAGCUGUCGAGCUCAUGAAGCCACACAAGCCAGACAGAGAGGAUGAAAAGCAGCGAAUUGAGGCCCUUGGAGGUUGUGUGGUUUGGUUUGGCGCCUGGAGGGUGAAUGGAAGUCUAUCAGUAUCCAGAGCUAUAGGAGAUGCUGAACAUAAGCCAUAUAUCUGUGGAGAUGCAGAUUCUGCCUCAACUGUUUUGGAUGGGACUGAAGACUACCUCAUUCUGGCCUGUGAUGGCUUCUAUGAUACCGUGAACCCUGAUGAGGCAGUGAAGGUUGUGUCUGACCACUUGAAAGAGAAUAAUGGAGACAGCAGCAUGGUUGCCCACAAAUUAGUAGCAUCAGCUCGUGAUGCAGGGUCAAGUGAUAACAUCACUGUUAUUGUGGUAUUCCUGAGGGACAUGAACAAAGCUGUAAAUGUUAGUGAGGAUUCAGAGUGGACAGAAAACUCUUUUCAAGGAGGGCAAGAAGAUGGUGGGGAUGAUAAGGAAAAUCAUGGAGAGUGCAAACGCCCUUGGCCUCAGCACCAGUGCUCAGCACCAGCCGAUCUAGGCUAUGAGGGGCGUGUGGAUUCAUUCACUGAUAGAACUAGCCUGAGCCCAGGGCCCCAAAUCAACGUGCUGGAAGACCCAGACUACCUAGAUCUCACACACAUAGAAGCAAGCAAACCUCACAGUACCCAGUUUUUGCCACCAGUUGAGAUGAUUGGUCCGGGUGCACCAAAGAAAGCAGAUCUUAAUGAGCUAAUAAUGGAGGAAAAAUCAGUCAAGUCAUCAUUGCCUGAACGGAGUGGUGCUGGAGAGUUUCUGGCUUCUUUUAAUUUGGGUUCAACAGGGCAACAGAUAUGCAGAAUGGAGAGCUUGUCUCCUGUCUGUUCUGGGUUGGAAAACGAACAGUUCAAAUCCCUGGGGAAAACAGUGUCUAGAUUGUAUCAUUUACGCCACCACUACUCCAAAAGGCAGCGUGGAUUCAGGUUUAAUCCAAAGUUUUAUUCAUUUCUUGCUGCUCAAGAGCCUUCUCACAAAAUAGGCAUUAGCCUCUCCUCACUUACUCGAAGUGGGAAGAGAAACAAGAUGUUAAGAAGUUCUUUGCCAUGGAGGGAAAAUAGUUGGGAAGAAUAUAGCGGAAACAUGAAGAUUAGAAAGCGUAAUGAUAUUCCAUGCCCAGACCUUCCCUGGAGCUAUAAAAUAUAAGACUUUUCUUCAAUGUAGGUUAGCUAGCUUUCUCAAAACACAACUCUCAGAGUAGAAACAAGGUAGACAUUUCUAAAGUACAUGUGCUUCAUUAUGAAUCCAUUGAUGGCUCAAUCCUUAAAUGUACAUAGAUCUCUAGGAAACUCAAAAUAGUGUUUUCAAUCUUAAAAACAAAAGUAUUGGCGGGUUCACUAGUAAAACCAUACAACUGGUCCCUGUGAUGUGUCUACACCUACAUACAGCUCCCUCUCCACCAUCCCUUCAUGUCACUAGUGGAAGCUUGGAAGUUAUUCCAGCUAGGAUAUACGGUAUGGAAAUUGCAGGUAUCUGGUCUGCUGUGCCUAACCUAAAGGAAACAGUGCAGAAUUACAUUGUUUGGGUGAGUGAAGACUAAAAGCCACACGGGUCUUAACCGCUGAUAGUGAACCAGUACCAAAGUGUCAUCUUCUCAGACUUGAAGGCAGUAUGCAGUAAGAUAAUGUAUUCUUUUUUUCAUAGAAAAUGAAAGGCAACUAUGAAUAUUUUAAAUUAAACUAUUUCACAGGGUUUUAGUUAUUUGAAAGUUUCAUAACCUGUUAUGGUGCUUUUGGUGGAGUUUUGUUACUCAUUUUAGGAGACCCCUGUCGGCUGGCUGCCACCUGUGAUGCUCUUCACAGGACCAUCAUCUCAGGGAUGAAAGUGGUGACGAGAUGAUGGCAGGUGCGACAGAAGACUCGAAUGCCAUUUAAAGGAGUUGUGAAAAUAGCACUUUUCUAUUUUCUGCUUUUUAAGAAGUUUACAAACAGCAAAGGCAUAUAUUACUAUAAUAUAAAAUGUAGUUUGAAUAAUGAAAACAUGACAGUUUUAACUUCUCUAAAAUGAUUUUCCCCAAAGGAAUGAAUUGGUAUGGAGACUGAGUGCGAACCCAGAGGCCAUGUGCACAGGACAAUGCAAAUUACUGAGGGCCAGGGCUGCUUAGUUCUAAGUGGAAGACAAGCCAGAGCCCAUCCACCCGCUUCAGACCACACUGACAGGUCAUCUGCUUUUCAUUUCAAUACUUAAAUUAUAGCCUACAGUUUUAAAUGAUCUACUUUUUGCCAUUUCUACAGUUUCAAACCAGAAACAUGUCUUCACCUAAAGACAGCAAACACGCUUAUCAGAUUUGUGCAGUGAGCAGCCUGGUUUAUCUCAGUCAUGAAUGUUUCCAUGUUCCCCACCCCAUCACCCAUGUGCUAUCUGGGCCAACAGGCAGGAGCAGCCUAGCUGGACCCAUUGCUCACACGGUGGAGGCAUAGCCACCGCCUAAUCAUGUUUUGUGUAACUCCACAUAACACGCCGCAUUCUCCAACCCAUAGAGCACUAAGAUCCUCAAUGUCAGACUUGGAUGAUUUGAGCAUAUCACAGGAACCAGCAGAGCUACAUCACACCAUUAAAGACCAAAACCUGGCUGUUCUUCAGCAAUGGUUAAACUGUUAACCUACAGCUUUUAUUUUUCAAGCUUUGAGUCUAAGUGAAGAUUUUCAGAUUUUCAGUAUUUGUUUCUGUUGACCUUGGAGUCCUUUAUUCUUCCCUCCAGUCCUGUGACGCACUGCGGAGAAGGAAUAAGUGUGGCUCCACUCAACAGGAUUAGGAUUUCAUCAUCUUUCUGAUGCCUGCCCCAUACAUGAACCUCACUCACGUCUGUCAUUUUUUGAAGCCUAGAUCUUGCUGACAGCCCAUCAAGUACAGGGCUAGUUUCAAACCAAAUUUCUAAACAAACAAGAAAACAGAGGCAGCAGAAUAUAGGUGUACAUCAUAGCCCAAAAUAGCUAAGUACAUUUAGAAGAAUUUCAGUGGUUAUCUAUUGGUAAUAUUUUUGAUCAGAAUAAGGAGAAAAGAAAAAAAAUGAGGUGAUAGGCUUUUUAUUGGUGGGGUAGAAAUGGUGGAUGAAACUGGGGUAAACAGACCCAUUUUUGAAAGGUCUGAUCUGUAGGUCUGAUACACAGCAGUGUUAACUCCAUUUCUCAUGUCAUUAGCUCUCUAGAAAAUAGAGAAAAGUACUUCUAGUGUGGUCAAGUUAAUAAUCCAAUACUGUAAAAACUAACUCUUCAUCUGUUCACAAUGUGCGUAUUUAUAAAGUAGUUAGGUACCAUUUGUACGGUAAGUCCUUUAACAUAACAUUCUAUAAUAUUAAAGUAGUGGUUAUUGGCCUGAUAUAUGCUGCUGUUGGUUCUAUAAACCAGACGAGAAGCAGUGCUUUGUGAAAUGCAGUGUUAAACCUUAAUGCCACUGGUGAUAGGAAGUAGUUCCCUUCAGUUCAAAUCCUCUGCCCUCAUUUGCUGCUUGCUAAUGUAAGCAAUAAGUAACCCUCUAACUAAUGGUAUCUAUACAUUUCUGUAACUUAUAUUUAAUGAUGGUGUAUCUGGUGAUUGUAAAAAUAUUAGACAGAUAUAAAAGUAUCUAUACAAUAUAUAUUCACUGUAAAUGCUGAGGUAUAGUCUGUGAAUUAUGUGUUUUGUACCUCUUUCAUUGUGCAAUUUAGUGGUGGUGAAAGUUCAACACUCGAUCCUUAAAGAGUGGCAGUGUCCCCUUUUCAGUUACCAUGAUCUGCAUCAACUUGUUUGCUUGCUAAACCAGUUUUGUUACAGUAGGAAAUAGCAAAACAAAUAUAGACAAGAAAGUGUAGUACUGAUAGGAAAGCAGACUUCGAGUCACCAACUGAGGGUACCACUCCUUGUACAUUCACUGUGAGUUGCAAAGGGCAUCAGUCCCUAAUUUCAAAGGUUUCCUUUUUCACUAUUUUUUAGAUAUGUACAUUGGGAAAGCUAUCUGAAGUUGGCAACAUUACAGCACCAAAUAUUGGAGCUAUUAAUUCUAUUUAUGUCUGUACAACACAGGUCAAACAGAAAAAAGCAUGUAUAUACUUUUUCUUUACCUACAAGUGCCAUCCAUUGUCCUUGAAGUAAUACAAUUAGAGUCAUGUUGCAUUUAAUUUAAGUAGGAGGCACCUUGAAAGCAACAUCUUUUCAAAGGACAAUGUCAGCAAUGUCAACACUAAGUCUAACCCUGACCACAUUUAUAGUGGUACAGCAUCAACACUGCAUUUUCAUGACCACCACACUUCAUUGCUAGAACACUGUGCCAGUAACAAGUGCAACAUCCAAGGGGCAGACAAAGGAUGCACUUUAGUGUUGCAGAUAAGCUGCUGUGCUUCAGGAACUUCCUCCCCAUCAAAGGCUUGCUGGGCUUUUGUGAGAAAGAGAUCUAAAUUAUUUUAAUUUUUAAAUUUAAUUUGCUCACUCAAUGAGCUUUUUCACCAAGGUUACAAAAGAGGAUACUACAGUUUUGUUCAAAUCUUUGUUUGGGAAAACUUUUCUUUGGAUCACGAAUUACUAAAAGAUUUGUUUUCCCUUUCAAAAUCAGGAUAAAAGACAAAAUCCCCCACUCUUCUGUUUUGAUCUAUGAAAAGAUGGUUGUUUCUUCAAAACAAAUUAUAGCCAGUAUUAUAGCAGUCAGACAAAUAGAAGCGACCGGAAAAAUGCCAUUGCAUCCUUCAGCAGCAUUUUAUCUGUUCAAGUCCAUUUAUUCUAUUAAUUGGAAACAUGAGCGAGGGCAGGGGAUUCCACUGACACAGCAGCUGCUCUUGAAAAGGAAAUACUUUAAUUAUCUUUGAUGUAUUAGAUAAUGCAGAUACAUCAUUGUAAUCUCUCUAGGUGCUCUUUGGUGAGAGACAAGCUUUCUCUUAUUCAUGACAUUUCUCUGGAAAGAAUUCUCUCUGGAGUGAAGUGAGUGAAGUCACGAUUUACAAACCCGCUCUACAGAUCACUUUUGAGUUGAGUUGUAAUCAUAAGUGAUCUUUCAUGUUUUAUUUAUUAAAACUGUUUAUUCAGGUAAGGAGUAUGUUGAAAUUUUGCCAAUAUCUUAAUAAAACUCAGCAAUU